CACCUUAUAUAUUCACGAAAACGCCACCCCCUCCCGUCUUCUUCAAUCAAUCUCGCGUCCCUUCGUCUUUCUCUUUCCAAUCCCCUCCCUCUCUGAAUCAAUGGCGGCACCCAGCCAGGCCAGCCUCCUCCUCCAGAAGCAACUCAAAGAUCUUAGCAAGAACCCUGUGGAUGGAUUCUCGGCCGGCUUGGUCGACGAUAGCAAUAUCUUCGAGUGGAGCGUCACGAUCAUUGGGCCGCCCGAUACGCUAUAUGAGGGAGGCUUCUUCAAUGCCAUCAUGAGUUUUCCAGAUAACUACCCUAACAGCCCUCCUUCAGUUAGAUUUACAUCAGAGAUGUGGCACCCAAAUGUAUACCCAGAUGGACGUGUUUGCAUAUCGAUUCUCCAUGCUCCUGGGGAGGACCCCAAUGGCUAUGAGCUUGCAAGCGAGCGUUGGACACCUGUUCACACGGUCGAAAGCAUAGUUCUGAGCAUAAUCUCCAUGCUUUCUAGUCCGAAUGAUGAAUCUCCUGCAAACGUUGAAGCAGCUAAAGAAUGGAGGGAUAAGAGGAGUGAAUUCAAGAAGAGAGUGAGCCGAUGUGUGAGGCGAUCUCAGGAAAUGCUUUAAAGGGACGAGCAGAACGAAGAGAACCCGCCUUGUAAAACGUCUUGGUCGAUAUGUGCGUCCACGCUUGGUGCCUUGUUUAAGUGUAAUUUCGAUAUAAUUUUAGUGGGAAGGCGGAUCGACGGUCUCAUCGUCUUGAGUCUUAUUAGUUUUCUUUCUUUAGGGGUGCAUGUUAGUCUGCUGGUUGCCUUGAGCUUCAGUAUUGAGUGGGGAAUUGUGGUUGUCUCAGCCUCCACAUCUGUCAAUUAUGUCCUAAUGCACGGGAUGUUUUGCACCUUCUAGCACGCAAUUCUCUCAAGUUUUGCAAGUUUGCAACUGGUUAAAUUAUCAUUCACGGACCUUUUCUAACAAAGAAAGAACCGCAGAGAUUUACUUGUGAAUCUUGAGUUGAGGGCACGUUGCUUCCACUAUUCUUCUAUAUGCUAAUGUUAACAGACUCUUUAGAGCUA